UAUCCUUAACGUUAGUAGGGGUACUGCCGUCAUGUCGAAUGAAUCUCAGCCGCUCAACGCCGCGGUGGAGACUUCCGUUGACCACAGCACGCUCGACAUGAAGGCCGAGACCGAGAUGACUCCGUGCGUGCGCAAGGAGAUCUCGCGCAUGUUCCAUCUCGCGUGGCCCGUGUUUCUCGCGUAUCAACUGGAAACCCUUCCCGGUCCCAUCUGCGUUGCCCUUGUGGGUCAUCUGCAAGGAGACGACGUCAGCGUUCUCGUGGAUGCUGCGUACAUGUCGGCGACGGUCACCAACGUCACCGCCCUCGCGAUUGGAUUCGGUCUUGCAUCUGCCAUGGACACGUUGUGUUCCCAAGCGUAUGGAGCCGGCAAGAUGGACAAACUCGGCAUCUACUUCCAGAGCGGACUCAUCGUGCUCGGCGUGGCCUUAGUCCCCAUCUCCCUCCUCAGCUGGCACGCCGAGUCAGUCCUGCUCUUCUUUGGCCAGGACCCGGCCAUCUCCAAGUACGCGGGCCAGUUUUCCCGCGUCACGAUCUUCGGCAUCCCGUUCCUGUUUGUGUACGAACUCAUCAAGAAGCUGCAGCAGUCGCAGAACAUUGUGCUUCCCAUGAUGUACGUUGCGUGCGUCGGCGUGGUCGUGAACGUCGUCACAGGGUUUUGCUUGACGUACUACACGUCCUGGGGCUUCCUGGGCGCCGCGGUCGGCCGCGUCUGCGGGUCCGUCGCCCUUCCAUUAACCAUUGUCGCAUAUUUCCAUUACGAUCAUGCGACAACGUCCACGUGGUGGCGUGGGUUCCAGUGGCGCGAUGCGUGUUCCCACGUCGGCCUCUUCCUCUCCCUCGGCGUCCCGUCCAUGACGAUGCUGGCCGUGAGCUGGUGGGCGUUCUGCGCGCUAGGCUUCUUGGCGGGGAUUCUACCUAACAGUGUACACGCAGUCAGUGUGAACGCCGUCUUGGGCCAGCUGCUCACGCUCAACUUUAUGAUUUACCUCGGGAUUUCCGUGGCUUCGAACGUCCUUAUAGGGAAUGCGCUGGGUGCCAACCAGCCCCAGCGCGCCCGCCUCAUCGCGCGUCUCGGACUGACUGCCGGUGGCAUCUCCGCGGCGAUCAUGGCCUCCCUCUUCCUCGUCGGCCGGCAUGCCAUCCCGUACUUGUUUGUCAGUGACCCACUCACCAUCGAGUACGGACGGUUGUUGGGGGGAUUAUCCGGAUAAGUUUGGUUUUAUUAUCCGUAUUGUAUCAGUAUUAUUAUUACUAUUAUUAUUAUGGUGGAUUUAUUGGCUAUUUGUGUUUCAUUUUGAUAUAUUUCGGUGGAUAUUAUUAGACACGUGGCCACGGCCAUGUUUGUGAUGGUGCCGCUGGGGGUAUUCGACGGUAUGAACGGCAUUUGCGAAGGCAUUUUCAAAGGCAUGGGCCUCCAAACGCGGGCUGCUGUGAUCAACAUUCUGUCGUAUUAUGCAUUUGGGCUGCCGAUGGCGUACUACAUUGGGAUAACUUGUGGAUAUGACUUGGAGGGCGUGUGGCUGGGCUUUUCCCUCGGCACGACCGCGUGCUUUGGCAUCUUCAUCGCGAUGAUCCAGUCCACGGACUGGCCCGUGCUCGCUAAACUGGCUCAAGACCGAGUGCAACUCUAAGAAAUAUAAAUAUAUUUUGCCCCAUUUGGAGUCGAAGA